UUUCUUUCCUUUCUUCACUUCCCCCAUUACAGACAGCUGUGCUAAUUUUGGACACGGCUCAAAUCUGAGUAAUUCAAGUGAGGACUCGCCGUCAAACUAGAGAAAUCUCUUCAAUUUACAGACAGCGAGACGGGUCCCAGCACAAGGGCGCGCACGACAUUUCCCACGAUGCCUGCUCCACGGAUCGGCGUGUUGGCCCUCAUUGCCCUGGUAGUUCUGUUGCCCUGUCUGCCCCGGGCUCGCUCAGAAAGCUGCCCCGACGAGGCUGGUACACCUGGGAUGCCAGGAAUCCCGGGACUGCCUGGGAAAGACGGGCGCGAUGGAGACAAAGGGGAGAAGGGAGAGCCGGGAACGGCUCUCGUUGCUGGGCAGUUCAGUGUUAAGGGGCAGAAAGGGGAACCCGGCAUGGUCGGUGUCCCAGGGAAGAUGGGACGCAGCGGGAUGAGUGGAAACCCUGGACUGCCUGGUCCGCCCGGCCCCGUGGGAGAUAAAGGGGAGUCGGGGUAUCACAAACUGACCCUGAAAUCUGCUUUCAGCGUGGCCAGGGGCACACUGGAUUACCCAAACCGGUUCUCCCCGGUCCGCUUCAACAGGAUCAUCAGCAACGAAAACGGCGACUACAAUCCGUCGACCGGCAAGUUCCGCUGCAAGAUCCCCGGGUCUUACUAUUUCGUGUACCACGCCUCCUCCACGGAUCACCUGUGCGUCAGCAUCGUCCGGGACAGCAACAAGGUGGUCAGCUACUGCGACCACAAGGUCAACGAUUGCCAGGUGAGCUCUGGGGGCGUGGCGCUGCAGCUGACCGAGGACCAGGAGGUGUGGCUGGAGACCACCGACUACAACGGCAUGAUCGGCAUCUUGGACAAGCAAAGCGUCUUCUCAGGAUUCCUGCUGUUCCCGGACUGAGACACGGCGACGCUAACGGCUACAGUGCGCUGAUAGAGAGGGGAAGGGGGGGUCUACCGACCCGCUAGAUUCAUGUUUCUGCAAGCAGCCGUAGCCGAAACGUUAGUCUGCUUGAUUGCUUGCACGUGCUCAUUAUUCAAAGCUUGCAACUGUGUUGGUUUUGUUUUUAUAUCGCUGCACGCAUUUGCAAAUUCAAAUGGUUUUCAUUUUUCAAUGUUAAAAAAAAAAUGAAUCUAAUAAAAAAUGCUGUUUAUAUUGAAAACAAAA